AUGCCUGAAACAGAGGAAUACAUUUUGCAGAACACCGAUGACCUUGCCGACAACCAGCCUGCUUUAUUUCAGAAAGCACCCGAGCCCCUUCUGCCUAAUUUUGGGGAGGGGAGGAUCCGACAGUACGCGCUCGACAUUCACUUGAUGGUCGCGUGCAACAGCAUGGGCACGCGCACCCUCAGUGACUUUAUUAGGCUUGGGAAUGAGUCGGGUUUGCAUUUUGAGAGAGUUUGGGAUCUUGGUGAUAUGGGAGCCAUGGAAUAUCGGCUACCCAAAACAAGGAGAUACGCCUAG